AUGGAUAGAGAACACCAGUUCCAUCUCAGAAGUAAGUUUCAUGUGUCGCAGCCAGAAGUAGUGACCAUCCCAGCUCUGUACCGCGUAGCCCUGUGUGGUGGUACCCAUGGCAACGAGCUGGCGGGGGUUUACCUGCUGCGUCAGAGCAUGAGGAGGAAGCGGAAGGGCAGCAUGGUGGAUCCGGUUACUAUGGUAACGGUGAUGGCGAACCCACGUGCUGUACAGCAGUGUGUACGUUACACGGAGAUGGACCUCAACCGCUGCUUCACACACACUACACUGAGCGCCCCUGUUUCUGAAGUGACCCCGUAUGAGGUUGUCCGCGCUCAGGAGCUGAACGCUCUACUAGGUCCGAAAGGUGGCUCUGAAGCGGUGGAUCUGCUCUGUGAUCUUCACAGCAGCACUGCGAACAUUGGCCUUUGCCUCAUCGCUCACUCCGACAACGACUGGAUCAGCCUGCACAUCUGUAAAUACCUGCAGAGGGAGUUGGCCACCAUUCCAGUGCGGUAUGUCCACUAUGAUGUUCCUAAGAGCGAGGCUUACACAUUGCACUCUGUUGGAAAACAUGGCUUUGCGAUGGAGGUUGGUCCUCAGCCACAUGGCGUGAUCAGAGCCAACGUUUUUACUGCCAUGCAGGAAGCUGUUCAACUCACACUUGAUUGGGUUCGUCUGUUCAACUCAGGGACCUGGUUUGAGGGCGGCUCAGUGGAUGUUUAUACGAUGGUGGAGAACAUCAAAUACCCUCAAGAUUCUCACACACACACCAUCACAGCUGCUGUGCACCCAGACCUACAGGAUAAAGAUUUCUGUCUCCUGCACCCGGGUGACCCUGUCUUCCUCUCUUUCUCUGGAGAGACUCGGAGGUACAAAGGGAAAGAGCCGCUUUAUCCUUUCUUCAUCAAUGAGUGUGCGUUCUACGAGACAGGUGUCGCUCUGUCUCUAGCGAGGAGAAGGAAGGUGGAGAUUCCAGCCGUUCAAUGCAGCAAAACGUGA